ACUAUCCGCCCUGUCCGGCGCAGCUACUACGACCCAUCGUCAGCACCAGGCAAGGGAGUCGUGUGGGAGUGGGAGAAUGACAGCGGGUCAUGGACACCCUACGACAUGGACGUGGGUAUCACCAUCCAGCGCGCCUAUGAGAAGCAGCACCCCUGGGUGGACCUGAGCGCCAUUGGCUUCUGCUAUGUCAUCGACUUUGCCACCAUGGGUCAGAUCAACCGGCAGACCCAGCGCAAGCGCCGUGUCCGCCGCCGCCUUGACAUGGUCUACCCGCUGGUCUCGGGCACCCUGCCCAAGUCCCAGUCCUGGCCGGCCAGCCCUGGGGCGGCAGCAGCCCCCCCGGUCCCCGCCUGCGCCUGUCCCCAGUGCCUCCUGGUCAUGAGUGUCAAAGCCACUGUGUCAGCUGCUGGCCCCCGCACCGCCCACCCACCGCCCCCAUCAGCCAGCUCCACCACCAGCCCCCCUGGCACGGGCAGUGGCAAGGCAUCCCGUCCUGGCCUCGGCACCCUGAACCGCAGCCACCUCCAGCGCCUGGCCAUCGCUCAGUCCCGGGUACUCAUUGCCUCUGGUGUCCCCACUGUCCCUGUGAAGAACCUCACUGGCUCCAGUCCCGUCAACCCAGCACUGGCAGGGAUCACGGGGAUCCUAAUGAGUGCAGCUGGGCUGCCCGUCUGCCUGACACGGCCCCCCAAGCUGGUGCUGCACCCCCCACCUGUCAGCAAAAGUGAGAUCCAGUCCAUCCCUGGCAUCUCCCACACCUGCCGCAAGACCACCAAGAAACAGGCCAAGAAGGGUAAAACUCCGGAGGAGGUACUGAAAAAAUACCUGCAGAAGGUGCGGCAUCCGCCGGAUGAGGACUGCACCAUCUGCAUGGAGCGCCUCUCUGCACCCUCCGGCUACAAGGGACCCCAGCCAGCCCUCAAGCCUGACCUGGUGGGGAAGCUGGUGAAGUGUGGCCAUGUCUUCCAUCUCCACUGCCUGGUCGCCAUGUACAACAACGGCAACAAGGAUGGGAGCCUGCAGUGUCCCACCUGCAAAACCAUCUACGGGGUGAAGACUGGGACACAGCCCCCGGGGAAGAUGGAAUAUCACAUCAUCCCUCACACGCUGCCUGGCCACUCUGACUGCAAAACCAUCCGCAUCAUCUACAACAUCCCCCCAGGGGUGCAGGGACCAGAGCAUCCAAACCCUGGGAAGAGCUUCACCGCCCGCGGCUUCCCCCGGCACUGCUACCUGCCAGACAGUGAGAAGGGCAGAAAGGUACUGAAGUUGCUGCUGGUAGCCUGGGACCGGCGCUUGAUCUUUGCCAUUGGGACCUCCAGCACCACAGGCGAGUCGGACACGGUGAUCUGGAAUGAGAUCCACCACAAGACAGAGUUCGGCUCCAACCUCACUGGCCAUGGCUACCCUGACAUCAACUACUUGGACAAUGUCCUGGCCGAGCUCGCGGCCCAGGGCAUCACGGAGGAGAGCCUGGCGCAGGAGAAGGACUGAGACCGUGGCAGGGAGGCAAGGGAAGGGGCACCCAUGCCGCGCCCCCCCAAGGAUAAAGCUGCUGGAGAAACCCGCAUGGGUGCUUUGCAGGGGCACCUGGAGCCCCCUGCUCCUGGUGGCACCUGCCCAGUGGGAGCAUCCCCAGGCUGGCCGGGAAUGUGGGAGAAGGUCCUUUUGGCCAUCCCCUUCACUCCUGCGGGGAGGGAGCCUUCCCCACAGAGCCGUGGGGCUUCACGCUGGCCUGGCUGUCCCCUCCGGCUGGUGUCCUAUCCCCACUGCCACCAUGCUGAGGGCUUGGGGGGUACUAGGCUCCCCUCCCUCCUCAUCCAUUGGACGGUCCCAGCCUGGCCUGAUUCCCCUGACACCCAUCUGGGGCUGUGACCUGGCCUGGGGUGGGAGCAGGGGCCAUGGGAGUCCCCCUCGCUCUGCCUCAUCCCUCAGCCGUCUGUUUGUUCAUUUGUCCUGUCUGGUACCUCCUCACUGGUCACUUGUGUCCACGGAGGUUGGGGGGGGCCCUUUCCUGCCUCGGCUGGCCCCCCAGCCCUGUGCCCCCUUCUCCUCUUGGCUGUGUCUGAGCUGUGCCCUGCAGGGUCCACUUGUCUGGGCUGCUCACCCCCACCCCGUGCCAGGGAGGGGCCGGUGGGUGGUAGGAAGUGGGGGGAGGGGCACAUUUCCUGGCCUAUCUCCCACCCCCCCUGUAGUGGGUUCCUUGAACUGUUCGUAUGGGGGCGUCCCCGCCUUGAAUUUUUAUAUACCUCGUGUUUUGGGGUUUUGUCGUAUAUAUGUACAUAUAGGUGGUGGCGUUUUGGGAGGUGUCCUGGGGGCUGGGAGAAUGGGAUGCUGUGGCCAGA